UGUAACAGCGACAUGGAUCGUGAUCGUGAUCGGGAUCGUGAGCGUGAUCGCAACGCAGCGGCGGCGGCCAUCGAGCGGGACGUGAAACCGCUCGAGCCGCGCGAUCUGUCGGCGACGCGGCUCUUCACGGCCACGCAGAUCAAGAUCAGCACCUCGCCCACCACCUCGCCCACCAUCUCGAACUCAUCGUCACCCACGCCCACCCCACCCAUCCCGGCGUCGUCGCCGGCCGUCUCCAGUGGCUACCACCACGCCAACCACAAGCAGAUCACCGGCAUCCCGUGCGUGGCCGCCGCCUCCAAGUACACGGCGCCGGUGCACAUCGACGUCGGUGGCACCAUCUACACCAGCUCCCUGGAAACCCUCACCAAAUAUCCGGAUUCGCGGCUGGCGAAGCUGUUCAACGGGUGCAUCCCGAUCGUGCUGGACUCGCUGAAGCAACACUAUUUUAUCGACCGCGACGGAGGCAUGUUCCGCCAUAUCCUAAACUUUAUGCGUAACUCCAAGCUGCUGGUAUCGGAGGACUUCCCCGACCUGGAGCUGCUGCUGGAGGAGGCCAAAUACUUCGACAUUGUUCCUAUGAUCAAGCAGAUCGAACAUCUGAAGAAGGAGCGACAGCGUAGCGGGAACGGUCUCCCGCCAUUCGGAGGCAACCGGAGCAAGUGCAAGGGAGGACUGGCCGCGGACACCGCGAACCACGACGUGGUGGCGCUCCACAUCUCGCCCGACCUCGGCGAACGCAUCCUGAUCUCGGCCGAACGGGCCGUCCUGGACGAGGUGUUCCCCGAGACGAACCAGGCGAUCCUGGACGCGCGGACCGGCGCGGCCUGGAACCAGUUCGACGGCCGGCAGGUGAUACGGUUCCCGCUCAACGGCUACUGCAAGCUCAACUCCAUCCAGGUGCUGACGCGGCUCCUGAACGCCGGCUUCAGCGUCGAGGCCAGCACCGGCGGCGGCGUCGAGACGCAACAGUUCUCCGAGUAUCUGCUGAUCCGCAAAAGUUCGAUGUGAUAAAGCCCCGCGCUCUGAAGCCGUCUCAAGCAGCAACUACUACUACCGCUACUACUACAUACUAUCACCUACUACGAAGCUCCUAGCAUCUCCUUAGCGUUCGGUGAACGAAACACACGGUUUUUCUAUUCAGCUCAAUCUCUGGGCGGGUUUUCCGGUCCUCCGCGAACCCGUACAUACACAUACACAUAUUCCGCUGGGAAAGCACUGACUCCAGGAGUGACUCCCAGACACAGUCGCAUCACGUCACACGUACGCAAUUCCAUUCGAUGUAAGUAACGAUGGCCAUCGGCCGGUCGGUGUGAGCGAGGACGAAGCGUAGCAUAAACUCUAGUUAAAUAUAUUAUUAGUAGCAGUAUCCCGUGGCUCCUUACUUUAU